AUGCCCACUCAUUCAAACGAAAACAUAAGAAAAAUAAUUACAUCUCAAUAUCCCAACGAUUCUUUGCACCUAUUUUUAGCUACUGGAGAUUCCUAUCAAACGAUUGCUUUUAGCUAUCGUGUUAGUCAUUUAACCGUACAAAGUAUUUGCCUUGAAGUUUGUAAAGCAAUUAAUGAAAUAUUAUUAGCUGAAUAUAUUCCAACUCCAUGUAAAGAGAAGUGGUUAGAAAUAGCAAAUGAAAUGUGGACUACGUGGAAUUUUCCAAACUGUCUAGGAGCCCUAGAUGGCAAACAUGUGACAAUUCAGGCGCCUGCAAAUAGUGGAUCACUAUAUUUCAAUUAUAAAAAGUCUUUUUCGAUUGUACUUUUGGCAUUACUAGAUGUAAAUUAUAAAUUUACUGCUGUAGAUAUAGGUUCCUAUGGAAAAAGUUUACAAAAUUGCAAAUUGAAUGUUCCCGAGGAUUCUCCGCUGUCAGGAACAGAUACAAUAGCACCUUAUGUGAUAUUAGGUGAUGAAGCAUUUCCAUUAAAGAAAUAUUUAGUGCGGCCUAAUCUAGGAUCAAAAAGUAUAGAAGAUAUUGAAAAAAGAAUAUUUAAUUAUCGAUUAUAUAGAGGAAGAAGAUCAGUCGAGUGUGUAUUUGGGAUUUUAUCACAAACCUUCAGAGUUUAUUGUAGAAAAAUCAUAGCUGAUCCUGAAAAAGCCACUACAAUUAUUUUAACGACAUGCAUUCUGCAUAAUAUUAUUAGAAAUAAUCGAUCUUAA